UGUAUUUUUGGAGGGGGGUGAAGCACAAUGGCGCCUUCAGGGUAUAUUUACACUUUCCCCUUUGGUACACUCGAGCCCUUCUACUAUUCUGAGGGUUACGGUAAGCACUUCCCAGCAUCCCCUUCUCCAUUUCCUUACACAAAGUAAAGAAAAGAGCAAUAAGGGAAAUAGCCGGAGGUCAAACAGUGCAGGGAGUGAGAAGUAUAACACAGUGACGCUGUUAGAAAAGCGUUUGUGUCUCUGUUUUAUUUAUAGUACUCAUAUUAUUAGUCAUAAAGAUGGUGGAGACGAUGGUGAGCGACUCCCAUUUUCAGAGCCAGUUAGCGUCCAUAAUGGAAAUGCUGGCGAAAACGGCCGUGUUGGAAAUCGGCAAACUGGUGGAGGAGAGUCAUGCCGUGUUCAGGAGAGAGAUUUCCCGCAGGAUCUCCGAAAACGAAGGUCUGAAGAAGAAGUGCGAUUUGUUAGAGAGCGAGCUGAAGGCGAGCAGGAGGAACCCACAGGACAGAGCCGAGACGCACAGAGCCCAGAAUAAAGAAGCUGGUCAUCGUCCCACCAUCGAAGGCGUGUUUGGGAAGGAGUGGUGCAUGGACCUGUGGAGAGACAAGGAGGCAAGUGCGGUACAGAAGCUCCAGAAGCAUCAGAGACACGUGGACCCGUGUAUGAUUGAGAGUAUUGAUCUAAUGGAAGAUGACGGACCCGACACGAUCAUCAUCAAAGACGAGACGUUUGACGACGGGCCGGGCAAAAGCAAGCCACAAACAAACUCGAGAAGCAGUGAAAAAGACCCUGCUUUCUCGGGCGUGGAACAGGAUGCAGCUCAGAUAAGUGAGGAAUUCAUCCCGUACGCCGCAUCGUUAGACAACAUGCAGCCGAGAAACGCAGCCGAGCAGACGUUUGACAUCAGAGCAGACCCGAGAUUGUCUGCGAUCGGAGAUGCCGCCACUUCAUCCAACAUGAGCCCAGAGGAGUUCAGCACGUUCUUUCCUGCUAACCUGCACAUGAACACCCAGAAGAACUUCAUGUCUGGUUCAGAGCAGAAGAAGUUCGAAUGCGUGUUCUGCGGGAAAAACUUUAAUUACUUAAGCUAUUUAAAAGUGCACUUACGGACACACUCCGGAGAAAAACCCUUCAGCUGUACGGUGUGCGGCAAGCGCUUCGCUCAGAAGACGUACCUCAAAAUUCACAUGCGCACUCACUCCGGAGAGAGACCCUACACGUGCAUGGAGUGUGCCAAGAGCUUCUCGCAGAAGAGUUCGCUAAACAUACACCUGCGCAGCCACACCGGAGAGAAACCGUACAGCUGCGUGGACUGUGGGAAACGUUACGCUUAUAAACACGGCUUCAACAUCCAUCAGUGCAACAGCUGAACCUGUAGCCGUGUUACACCUGUAGCUAGAAUAUUCCAGCAUUCGACACACACACUGUGCAUUGUGCAGAUUGGCACAUAACACUCAGCUACCAGUUUAGGUUAUACAAGUAUAUAAAUAUAUUGGCACCCCUUUACCCUGUCCAUCCUUAGCAAGGUACAGACUCUCAUCAGAUGUUAUUUGGGUGGUGUGUAUUUUUGUCACAGUCUUGGGGUGUGUGUGGAGUUGAUUCUAACAUCACACAGCUUUGUUUCCAUUUAAAGGUGGGGUCUCUGUUGUUUGAAAGCCAAUGUUGACAUUUGAAAUCACCAAAACAAACACGCCCCUAACCCAAAUGGGUCCCACCCCUGUAGUGAUAGCUCCGCCCACACAUACAUACAUAACCCAGGCAACUAAGGGAAAGAAAUGUGUCUUUAUCAUAGCUGAAGGGAAGAACAAUACGAUUGCAGAUAAACAAACAAGCAAAAAUGACACACAAGCAUAAUCAUGUAAAGGACAAAGGCAUAUAUUAGUUCUGUGUAACAAAGCAAAACCAACGUUACUCACCUAUCGAGAAGGAAAAAGCACCUCGGCGUCUUAAGUAAAGUUGGCACAUAUUCACAGACUGGAGUUUCCCGAGUCAAUAACUCCUGAGCUAAACUACACACUACACGCUGCUACUACACAAAUAACACCUCUAUUCUAUCGUCUUUUCCUCCGCAGUGGACAAAAUACACAAGUCUCUAUGUGCGGACGACUGAGAGACAGAUUCCAAGGAACCGUCUGCAAAGUGCAAAACCCGAAAAGUGAAGACUAGAAAAACAGUCAAUAACUUCAUUGUAAUACACUGUACUGUCACCAAAUUCAGCUCACACAUCACUGAUGUCCUGAUAGUUAUACAACACUUAUUUGGGGGAAAUGUCUUUUUAAUACAUACGACCAACUUUACUUUAUAUUUAAUAUGCGGCCAACUUUUACUUAAGUCCCUCGGCGUCCCAUCGCAGGCCUUCCCGCUCCUUCAGUUCUCUCCAGCGCUGGAAAGCUUAUCCUAUAUUAACACGUCCUACUUCUUACCUUAUCGUAAGCCUUUCUUCGCUUUCUUUCUUUGUUUUAUUUUGUCAAUGUUAAAACCGCUUUCUGCUAAUGUCACACAUGCGCACUGAACACUCUCUCCGCCCAUAUUGACAAGACACGCCCCUUUCUGCUCACUGGCUACACGUUAGUUUUGUUUUUGUUUUGUUUGGUGGCCCAACGCAUUUUUCUGAAGCAUUUCUGAAACAACGGAGACCCCACCUUUAACUUCGGCCAAUAAGUUAGUCUUCUGGAAAGAGGAGUUUAAGCUUUAUAGCUUCUCGCAGUAUUUUUUUCUUAUUAACUUUAAAAGAGAAAAAGAGUCUGAUGAGGUAACGAAUGUUUAUAGCUGCUAUAAUAGAAGCAGCGGGACACAGUGGUUUAGAUGUUAGUAUGGUUGUCUUACAUGCUUUGGGGUUGUGUGUCUAUGUGUGUCUUUUACAUGUUCUUCUCGUGCUUUAGGGCUUCCUCCUGGUACUCUAGUUUCCUCCCCCAGUCCAAAGACGUGCGUUGUAGUCUGUAUGGUAUCUCUAUACAGUCCGUAGUGUGUGUGCGUGCGUGCGUGUGUGUGUGAUAGACACCAGGUUCCCUGUAAAGGAUCAGAAAGCGGUACAGAAAAUAAACAGAUAGAUGACUAAUAACAGAAGCAAUAAUAGGAACUAAGUUGUUUCACAAUAAUAAUAUUAAACUUAUAACUAUGUUUUUGUGUAAUGCUUUAAUUAGUAAAGAACUUUAACGGUUUAAUGGUUAAACUCCUCUGUUUUGGAAGAAGAGGAACAAACCACAUAGGAUCAUUCGGUCAUAGAAAUUUCCUCCAUUUCCCAACGGUAUCUGGUGUAAAUCUACUCUCUCACGUCACCGAUUCCAGACAGUACUUUAUUUCUCACUUAUCAUUAUUAUUGUUAUCAUCAUUACGUUAUAUCACCUGGAGCUCCACUUUAAAUUCCCUCCUUCCUCAAUUUUCCCAGGUAAGUAUUAACUAUGUGAACCUGAUAAACUGGUAGCUCCGUGUGCAAUCUCUUUAUAAAAAUCUCUAAAAAAGUCUUGUGCAUGUCUGUGAACUGUUUUCUUAGCAUAGAAUAAAUUAUUCUUCUAUUAUAAUUUUUAAUGAUUCACAAUUUUUCAGUUCUUUUUCCACUCAAACGUGAAUAAACUCUUCCACUAAGGACUAAAAGUUCAGAAGGUGAAGAUUAUAAAUGAUAUUAUUUUUGAUUUUAUGAUGAUUAUUUAUGCUUCUGUUGCAUUUGAUGUCAUUUCACAGAGUGAUUGAAGUUAAUGUUAUUCAGCAUUUUGUACAGAAACUUACACAGUAUUUAUUUACCCUGCUGUCAACUUUCUACUAAUAUUUCUUUCUUGGCUGAUGAAUAAAUCACAUUUAGAACGUGAAUUCUCCUAAGAAGUUUUUUGAGUUGUUUACUUUUUUAAAAUGACAUUUAAAAUGAUUUUUUAUUUAAUGCAAAAUUUUUAAAAUGAACUUUUUACUGUUUUUCCAUUUAUUUAUUUUUUGUUACUUGUUUCUUGUUGCUUCUGUGAUUUUGUUCUUGUUAUUAUUUUUAUAUGAAUUGAAGAAUAUUUCUGUUUUUAAGAAUAUUUCAUUUUUUUAUUUCCUUGUUUCUUGUUUUUUAUU